UUCCUCUCAAAAUUUAGACGAAUUGAUAACUAGGAGCAAGGACAACAACAAUGGAGGCCGCUGUGACUUUCUUGCUCUUCAUCUUCUUCAGCACGAUACAAGCAAGAUCAAUCACUCCACAGCCCCAAGCUGUCGAAUCCUUCAAGGUCAACAAUACCCAGAAUGCAGGAAGCUGUUCUUACACGGUAUCCAUCAAGACCAGCUGCUCUUCACCCCGAUAUACUCGAGAUCAGAUCAGUAUUGCAUUUGGUGAUGCUUAUGGCUAUCAGGUGUAUGCACCUAGAAUAGACAAUCCACAAUCGAGGGCAUUCGAGAGUUGUUCAACUGACACAUUUCAGAUUACCGGUCCAUGCACAUACCAGGUUUGUUAUGUGUAUCUCUAUAGGAGUGGAUAUGACGGGUGGUUAGUAGACUCAGUGACGAUCUAUGGUCAUUAUACAAAAGCAGCUACAUUCUCUUACAAUGCUUAUAUUCCCAGUGAUAUUUGGUUUGGAUUUAAUUUCUGUCAUGGUGUUUCGGCAUCAUCCACUUCAAGUAUGUAGGAAGACAUGGAAAUCCAGACAUCAGAAAUCUUGUGUGGCUUCUGGUUUGUAAUGGUAUUUAGAAAGUAUAUCAAUAAAAUGUUCAUUGUAUUAGGCCUUGAUGGAAGUCAUUAAUAAAGUUUUCUGAAUUACAAAGAA